AUGGUUGCGUUGUUGGUUUGACUGUGUCCGCGCGUGCGUGAGAUUGCGUGUAUGUGUGUGCGCAUGUUUCGGUUCCCAUGGCGAACAUGAGCAGCAGCGUGUGCAUGGAGACCCCACACGCCCACGGCCACGGCCACGCCCACGCCCACAACUAUACGCCCACGCCCGGGCGGGACUUCCCCCUGCAGAUGGACUCAUGCAUGAACCCGGUUCUGGACUACAGCGCUCAGAUGGAGCGCUACCGCUCCUUCGCUAACUUCUAUGCUAAGAGCAGUGCUGCGGCGGCGGCCGCCGGGCCCUUCCCGCAGACGGCCAAAAUCGCCCGCAUCGCUGCGCCCAUUUUCCCGUCCGCCAGAAUCUCCGCCAUGCCCCCGUGGCCCUGUGACAAUGCCAUGUUGUGGGGCCGCAAGCCAGCCGCCGCCGUCAACGUCAACGGCGCUCACACGCACCGGGCCGCCAUGCCUCGGGCCGAGCCGGUCAACGUGCACAUGCCCGCCAAGCAUCUCGGCCAGGACUCCGCCCUCCCCAUGGCCACCGCCGACAACUUCCUGACGCCUCUAACGGCCGAGCAGUGCCGCGGGUUGCCAGUGGGCGGACCCGAGUGCAUGAACCGCCUCAAAGUUCCGCCAGGGGGCGCUGGAGAGGCCGAAAGAGGCGGAGCCACAUUUGGAGGGAUGCCGCCGCCACUAGGGGGCCUGUCCCUGCCUCCAGGGGUCAUCGUCAUGACGACGCUGCACUCGGGCGCGGGGUCGUCGUCGGGGGUGACGAUGUCGGACAGUGCGUUUCAGAUCGCCAACGCGGCGGCGGACUGCCAGCACAGCGGAUCCAGUGGCGGAGGCGGCAACGGCGGAGCAGCCAAGAGGAAGCGGAAACGGUGCGGCGUGUGCGCCCCCUGCAGGCGGCUCAUUAACUGCGGCGUGUGCAGUUCCUGCCGGAACAGGAAGACGGGUCACCAGAUCUGUAAGUUCAGGAAAUGUGAGGAGCUGAAGAAGAAGCCGGGGAGCACAGUGGAGAGAGCCUCCUCUGUGGGAGCAGCAGACACCUUCCGCUGGUUCUUCUGAAACAACACCAAUGGAGGAUCCCCAAGAACCGGAAAAGAACACACAUCGGACCACAAAAAAACGGACAACCAAGCAGAACACAGCAGAACUCCGCACGGUCACUUGAAGUCAUUCCACUGGACUCCCUUCCUCACUCCGCAAAUCAGGAAUAAACUCGCCGGAGUCAGAAUCUCAGCACGGAUUAGACUGGAUCGCUCUCUCUCUCUCUCUGGACGGUCGACACUGGAUGAAUAUGCAGAAGAAUUUCUGCCCCAAUCUCUCAACUAAAGGCCACAGACAUGCCAACCCAGUACCGCACACUCACAUCCACUACCACACACACAAUCCAUCACACUACCACACACACUCCACUGCAACACAAUCCAUUACCACAUUGUCCAAUCCACUAUCAUGCACACUAACAUCCACUACCGCACACUCACAUCCACUACCACACACACAAUCCAUCACACUACCACACACACUCCAAUCCACUGCAACACACCACAUUACCACGUAUUCCAAUCCACUAUCAUGCACACUAACAUCCACUACUACAUACAUCAAUCCCCUACCACACACUAACAUCUACUACUACACACAUUAACAUCUACUACCACACACUAAUUUCUGCUACCACACACAUCAAUCCCCUACCACACACUAACAUCUACUACUACACACAUUAACAUCUGCUACCACACAUUAAUUUCUGCUACCACACACACCAAUCCACUACCAUACACACUCUCACAUCUGAUACUACACACUGACACCUACGACCACACACAAUACAUCUGCUACCACUCACCAAUCCACUAUCAUACACACUUCAAUCCAUUACCACACAAUUCCAAUCCACUACCACACACUAUAAUACAGCAAACACUCUAAUCCUCUACCGCACACUCCAAUCCACUACCACACACUAUAAUCCACCAAACAGUCCAAUUCACUACCACACAUUCCAAUCCACUACCACACACUGUAAUACAGCAAACACGCUAAUCCUCUACCACACACUCCAAUCCACUACCACACACUCCAAUCCACUACCACACACUGUAAUACAGCAAUCACUCUAAUCCUCUACCAAACACUCCAAUCCACUACCACACACUCCAAUCCACUACCACACACUGUAAUACAGCAAACACUCUAAUCCUCUACCUCACACUCCAAUCCACUACCACACACUCCAAUCCACUACCACACAGUAUAAUACAGCAAACACUCUAAUCCUCUACCACACUAUAAUCCAGCAAACACUCCAAUCCACUACCACACACUCCAAUCCACUACCACACACUAUAAUCCAGCAAACACUCCAAUCUACUACCACGGACACUCCAAUCCACUACCACACACUAUAAUCCACCAAACACUCCAAUCCACUACCACACACUAUAAUCCACCAAAAACUCCAAUCCACUACCACACACACUUCUGUCCACUACCACACAUGUUCAAACGUAGCAAGAGAGAUUAGCAUUCUUCACUUUCUGCAGCACCUCUACAGGCAUACCUCAAAGAAAGUGAGAAAAGACCGAAAGAAAGAACAAACGAAAGAAAGACAGAAAGAUCGAAAGAGGAGAGAUUGUGGUCAUUUGCUGAAACAGCUGUGAGGAGAUACAGAUGUGGUCCAAAUCGGAACGAAGGGAAAUCAGGUUCCUCUGGAUUUUCUAUUUGCUGUUAAGACUCCACACGGAGAGGUCAGAUAAACACGGGCUAGUGAGCAAAGAUAAAGUCGCGCUGGCGUCUGAAAGCAGCCAGAGACUCGGCCUCAGUCCACACUCUAACACUUUCACUGUUGCAUGGGUAGAAAACGUGUUUUUGGUUUUAAUUAAAGACUUUAAAUAACUUUGUACAUUGCUGUUGUGAUGCCUUACUGUCUUGAUUAA